UUCCAUAAUGAGACUCUUUAAAGCUGCUGCUCCAUAAGGCACGUUGAUCUAGUCGCAGGGAUCUGGACUUUGGAAAUACGCAGUACUUUUGAAACGAGUGGCGCGACUUCAUUUCUGCGUUUUCAUCCAUUUUUGUGGACUUACUUUCUCUUUCCUCGCAAACCGUAAGGACAUCAUGCUGCUCCUCUUACUGGGAAUCGUCAUCUUGCAUGUGGCAGCACUGGUUCUGCUCUUCGUGUCCACUAUAGUUAGUGCAUGGGUUGUUAACAACGUAAGCAGUUCAGACCUCUGGACAAACUGCACAACAACAACCAGUAGCGCAUGUAACCCUGCUGACACUGGAGUUUGGAUCCAAGCAGUCCAAGCCCUUAUGAUCCUGUCAAUCAUCUUCAGCUUCCUGUCUCUCUUCCUGUUCUUCUGCCAGCUCUUUACACUUCAGAAGGGUGGACGCUUCUUCCUCACCGGAGCAUUCCAGAUCUUUGCUAGUCUUUUCGUUAUGAGUGGAGCCAUCAUUUAUACGGUAAUGAACGGCGAGUGGAUCACUGGGACAGUGUCCUAUGGCUUUUCCUACAUCUUGGCCUGGGUAGCCUUCCCUCUGGCAUUCAUAAGCGGGUUAAUCUACGUCAUCUUGAGAAAGCGAGAGUGAGGUGGCACUGCCCUCUCAUGGCCGCUGCCUGGAAAUACAGCUUUGAAGCCAAAGUAUCACACUGCAUCCACAGAGAAGUGAAAUCACACGGUAUCGUUACCCGGGGGCUCAGUCAAAAUCAACCCCACUGCCACCCCGAAAAGACAUAUUCAAUACUGUCAUCAUUUGAAGAUGUAUAUAGUAUAUAUGGUUUAAAACCUAUUUAUAACACUUUUUACAUAUAUGUACAUAGUAUUAUGUUUGCUCUGUUGACAAAGUAUCUCUUUUAGCUAAUAAGUGCCUAGAGCGUGUUUGUCGCAGAAACGUGCAUCAUUAGCCAUAAUGUGUGUUUGUGUCUUUUGUUUUUUUCCUUAUACGGCCAAAAAAUACUUAUAAAAAGGUUUUUGAUGUAUUUUAACCAAAGUGCAUGUAUUAAAUUAUAGGGACAGUGAAAUGAAGUGUUUUCAAUGAAGAUGCAUUGAGAAUUCAUAGAUGAAGUAACUAAAAUACCAUGGUUAGAUCGGCAGUUAUGAAAGCUUUUUUUCUGUUUUCCAACAAAAAAAUGGUGCUAUUUAUUUACCAUUCCUUUAACUAAUAGCCAUUUAGCCUUUAUUUAGAAGGACAUAACAUGAAUGAAAGUCAAAAUGCCAUUGAAUAUAUUGUGCUUGUGCCUAUAACACAAUGCUGUAUAUACAGUACUCGCCAAAAAGGUUCAUUUUAUAAUAAAACAAAGAAAAUGUGUUCUGAGUAACACUGGGUUAUUAGUUUAGUUUUGGGAGAUUGUGAUGGAGGAAAUGUAGUAAAAACAGAGACUAGGAACUAUUGAUUUUAGUUGGAUUUAGUUACUUUUAAGAGCAGUAUUAGCAGCAGGAUUUGAGAAAGACAGUAAUUUGUUUAAACAGUUUAUUAAAUGUUGCUUAUGUUACAUUCAAAUCCAAAUGCAAUUCAGAUGUGUGGGUUUGAUCAUGUUAUCUGUUAUUACAAUCGUGGCAUACAUGAUUAAACAGUUGAGGUAAACGCCUUAAAUAUUUAAAUCCGAUGAGUGUAAAAAUAAAAAUAAAAUGAAGGAACAUUAAAUAAUCCAAGCAUCAGAAUGACAGCUCACAGUCCUCUUGUAUAUUACGCAAUGUAUCCGUAAAAACGUUUAAAAGCAUCCAAGUGGCAGUUUUGCUAGGUUAAAAAUGUGUUAUGAACUGACCCCUGACAACAUGAUGGUGGACACAUCGUAACACCUGCAUGCAUUGGAAACAUUUUUCAAUACUUGAAAUAUAACAAGCUGCAUUGUCUACCAUCUUAGAUGCUUUGUUUCUACUCACAGUAAUUCUCAACGUACUGUAAUAGCAUGUGAUAGUAUUAAACAACCCAUUACUUACAAUUAAAGGGCCUAUUCUGAGGACCAUGUAUUAGAUUACUUCUCCUGCGACACCGAAAACAAUAAAUGUUUUGUUAUGAUGAGCAGAACAUGUUGCCUGUUUUCAUGGUUGUAGUGAAUAUUGUUUAUCUGAUGAAUGUCUAACUAAAUCCCAUUCUGAUUUUUUUUUUCUGUGACUGAACAAAAAACCUUUGCUGCAAUGGAGUAUUUAUUUUAGCAGCAAUAAAACUUGUGUGUAAAGGGAUUUCUGUAUACAGUGAUUGAUAAUCCCCUAAAAAAUAUCCAUAUAUAAUCAAUAUGUGGUCUGUUCUGACAUGGGACCAGCACUAGAAAAAUGUUGCAUGUACUCAUUUCCCAACAUUAACACAAUUUAGACUGCAAUUGUUAUUUGACAUUGUAAGACUAAAACCUGAAGAAGAAAAAUCUGAAUAGUGUUUAAUUAAUUUGAUCUGGCUAAAGAGUGUAAUAUUUUUUGUAUUUAAUUUAAUUUGUGAAAACACCUGUACUGUAAGUUGUCUGAAGGAGUGUGAGCUCUGAUGAAGACUGUUCAUUCACAAGAACCCAACUCUGUGCCUCUGACUCGCCUCUCUUUUCAAAGCUUGUGUUUGUGUGUUUAUUAAAAGCUAUUAAAAAGAAAUACUGCGUAAAAGAAAA